UUAUAAUCCAGCACCGCAAGUCAAAGGUCGAGAAAACGCCCACCAUGACGAUGAUUGUUGCAAGACAAGUUGGAAUAUCAGUGAACCAUCGACUUGUCCGCUGUCUAACCUAAGCAUUUUGCGGCACAGCGACCUUCCGGACUCGUUGAUUCGGACGCCCAUUUAAUAUUCGUUGCCAGGAACGACAAGUGGGACGCAGCAAACCCACCCUUGAUCUCUUUUACACGCGACACUUUUGAUCUCGUUUCAACGUCUAGCUUCACUUUACUCCAAUAUCGCGCUGUCAGUCUGAUAGUCCUAUACAGAUUCUUCAUUGAAGCUUCCUCAAAAUGGCAAUGAAAAUCCCCAAGUCUGGGUUUACCCAGCUACUCAAGGAUGGGUACAAGCACAUGCAAGGGUUGGACGAAGCUGUCUUUAGGAACAUUGCCGCUAUCAAGGAGUUGACACAGAUCACCCGCACUUCGCUAGGACCUAAUGGACGGAAUAAGAUGGUCAUUAAUCACUUGGAAAAGCUUUUCGUAACCAAUGACGCUGCCACGAUCAUUCGGGAAUUGGAAGUUAUCCAUCCUGCCGCAAAACUUCUUGUGAUGGCGUCCCAGCAACAAGAGGCAGAGGUGGGAGACGGCACGAACCUUGUCAUCGUUUUUGCCGGCGAGCUUUUGCAGCAAGCAGAGUACUUGCUGCGCAUGGGCCUGCACCCAAGCGACAUCAUUGAAGGUUACCGAGUGGCAAGCAAGAAGGCUUUGGAGAUUAUAGAAGGUCUUGCCAUUGAUACGGUGAAGGAUGCUUCGUCAGAGGCGGAACUGACGAAGGUUGUUCAAACUGCUAUUGCAUCGAAGCAGUAUGGUUAUGAAGGUUUACUGGCCCCCUUGGUUGUCGAGGCUGCCUUGACGGUUAUGCCCAAGAACCCAGCAAACUUUAAUGUUGAUAGUAUCCGAGUGGUCAAGAUUCUUGGAGGGAGUAUUCACGAUACUAAAGUAGUCAAGGGAAUGGUCUUUGGACGCGAACCUGAAAGUGUGACCACAAAGGCGACCAAGGCCAAGGUGGCCAUUUUCACCUGCCCGCUGGACGUUGCCCUGACUGAGACCAAGGGAACAGUUCUGAUACAUAAUGCUUCGGAAAUGCUCAACUUCAGCAAGGGAGAAGAGUCAAAGUUGGAAGAGGUUAUCAAGGAGAUUGCGGACUCCGGCGUUAAGGUGGUCGUGACAGGCAGUGGAGUGGGCGAAUUGGCGCUCCACUUUCUGAACCGAUACAACCUGUUGGCGUUGAAGGUCUUGUCCAAAUUUGACCUUCGCCGACUCUGCCGUGUGACUGGAGCAACAGCACUUACUCGUUUGGGUGCACCUAUGGCCGAAGAAAUGGGUUACUGUGAGGUCGUGGAGACUGUCGAAAUUGGUAGCGAUCGUUGCACUGUAUUCAGACAAGAAGAGGAGGCAACCAAAACAGCGACCAUUGUGAUUCGCGGCGGUACUCAAAAUGCGAUUGAUGAUAUAGAACGGGCUAUUGAUGACGGGGUCAACGUUAUCAAAGCUGUGGCAAAGGACAACCGGUUAUUGGCUGGUGCUGGGGCUGCGGAAAUUGAGAUUGCGAGACAAUUACAAUCAGUGGCCGAGAAAACGGCUGGACUGAAUCAAUACUCGAUCAAGAAGUUUGCGGAAGCGUUGGAGGUCAUCCCAAGAACGCUUGCUGAGAACGCUGGUUUGGACAGCACCGAGAUCAUUUCAAAGCUAUAUGCUGCUCACGCACAAGGAAAGGCAGCGGCAGGAGUGGACAUUGAGAGCGAUGAGAAUGGACUGAUUGACGCAAAGGAACAUGAAAUCUUUGACGCGUUUGCUCCAAAACACCAUGCCAUCCGAAUGGCGACACAUGCUACCUUGACGGUGUUGAGUGUGGAUCAGAUUAUUAUGAGCAAGCCUGCUGGAGGGCCAAAGGUCAAGGAAAACAAGGACUGGGAUGAGGACUAAAGAAGGAUUGUACAAAGAACCAAAGCGCGGUGACUGUAUAGCUUGGAUGAAAUAAUAUGAUUUGGCUUGUAUAGUGUGCACCUGUCUUUAAUCAAAAACAAACAUGGUGUUGUUGCCAUCCUUUCUGAACUGA